UCCCUCCUCUCUCUCUCUCUCUCCCUGGCUCUCGCCUCUGAACUCGACGCAUGAACGCAGAGAAGAGAAGUGAGAACUCGAAAAUUGGAGGAAGCAGCUCUGCAUCUCGUCGCCGUUCUUCAACGUUCAGUCACCGCCGCCGUCCACACUGCUACAGAUUCGUCGCAAGGUAUCUGUUCCGCCCUCGUUCGCCGUGCUUCGGCCUCCUUUCUGGCCGAGAUUCCGCCUCUGUUUCGCCGUGAUUCCGCCGCUGUCUCGCCGAGGUUCUGCCGCUCUUCAGCCUCUGUUCCGUCGCGCUCUCGUCUUUCAGUUCGAGCUGCUUAACCCUCUGUUCAGCCCUCUCCGUCGCGUGUUGGUGCCUCUGUUCAGCCUAUCGUUCAGCCAUCUCCGUCGCGUUUUAAAGCUCCAGCUCCCCCUCUCUGAUCUGUUCGAAUUUCAGAACGUGCACCUGCCUAAGACCACCACGGUUCGACCUUGGUUGGAUCAGUAAAUCGUUAAACCGGUCACUUGAUCGGUUUAAUGACCAUUUCGGUUCUUGCAACCUUGGGUUUGAUUGAUGCAGUGGAGGCAGAGGAAGAGGAAGAAGCAGCUGGUAUAGGAUGCAUAUUCCGACAAGAAUCUCAGCACUGCCUCUCUUUCUUCCCUUCCGAGGUGCCAUUUCCUUCCUCACAACCCUUCUCCCUAGAAUAGUUACACUUUUUCCUUAUUAUCUUCGGGGAUUCGCAAGUCAUCAUUUUCACCUCAUUUGCAACCCGGUGGUAGAAAGCUGAGAAGGGAUUUUCCAAAAAACAUGGCCUGUGGUUUGGAUAACAAGACAGGAACUGCUUUAUUUCGCCCUGCAACAGAUGCGUACGCACCUGAGGCUGUUGAAGCCUUGAGAGCUGGCAAGGUUAUUGCGGUCCCCACUGACACACUCUAUGGAUUUGCUUGUGAUGCUUGCUCGCUGGAAGCAGUUAAUAGGAUUUAUGAGAUCAAGGGUCGAAAACAUACAAGCCCUCUGGCUAUCUGUGUUGGAGAUGUAUCAGACAUAUACCGUUUUGCCGUGACUGACCACUUGCCACAUGGCCUGCUUGAUUCCCUGCUUCCAGGGCCUGUUACAGUUGUACUAAUUCGAGGCGAUUCAAGUGUUCUUGAACAAUCUUUGAACCCGGGAUUUGAUAGUAUAGGAGUUAGAGUGCCUGAUAACAAUUUCAUUAGAGUCAUUGCUCGCGGUUCAGGAACUGCCUUAGCACUUACAAGUGCAAACCUUAGUGGACAGCCAAGUAGUGUUUGCAUCAGAGAUUUUGAGAAUCUUUGGGAGCAUUGUGCUUUUGUAUAUGAUGGCGGUGUGCUUCCAUCAGGUCGAGCAGGUUCAACAGUUGUGGACCUCACUACACCACACAAAUACAAGAUACUGAGACCUGGAAGCGCAAAGGAAGAGACAAUUGCCAUCUUGGAAAAGCAUUCUUUAGUUGAAUCAGCUGCCCAGUAAAUAAGGGGUGAUUAUAUUUAAUUAUUUAUUCGUACGCAGUGCCACGUUCAAGGCCUCAAUUGUAUUUGCUUGGACAUGUGAGAAAUUAUGACCAAACACACUUAAUGUGAAUGAAUCUUACGCUUCACAUGA